AGUAUAAUAUUUUCUAUUGAAAUUUUAAAAAUCCCAACAGGACACCAGACUUGCCAAUUUAAAAAUUCCUUGCAGGGUUAGUGUCGAACACUGAUUAUUAGCACCACCCGGUUUAAAUCGGCAAUUAUUUCUUGAGUAUCUGGAAUUUAUGUACUUCCGGUAACUGCCUGUAUGCAUAGAUUGCUAACCCAAUUUGUGUUGUUAUCGGCACUUUUUCUGUCACAAUUUUAACCGUUCUACAAUUAGUCAUGGUUUACGGUAUUGAUACAUAUACAGUCUGUGUAAACAAGCAAUUUAUGCAUGCAGACUCUUUUCAAAAUGAUAAACACACCACGAAAGAUAGGGGCUUUAGUUGUCAAUAUAUCAAAGUUUCUGCUUAAACAGAUGUCUGACAUGUUAAAUGCAAAUUAGCAUUGAUUCUUCCUUUAAUUAAAAUAUUUUUCAUUGGGAGAAAUUGUAGGUAUAAUUUCUGUUGUUGUAAUCUUUUAGAUGAUGCUUCCAUCGAAGGUUGUUAAGCGAGUUGAAAUGAAGAUGUUCAAAACCGAUGCAAAUGCUCUCUGUUUGGCAGCACCCCAAGCACGUAGUAUGUUUGUCCAGUACUGGGAAAGCAAUGGAAUUGACAGAAGUACCAGCCCAUUAGAAUUUGAAGAUAGUUUUGGGAGCAACGAAGGUAUUGAUUCUUUAGAAGAAGGUUUGGCAUCAAAUGGAACAUCUGAAUCAGAGACUAAUGCAUCAAGUCAGAUACUUUCAGCUAACAGCCAUGAAGAUAAGAUGUUGAUGGAAUAUAAUAUAGGUACAGUGGAAGUCCAUAUUGACAAUCUGAUUGCCCCACAUCCUUCUAGAGCUACAAGAGUCCUGGACCAUGAUCAUGUAGGGAAACUGACAGAGUCAUUUUCGGACAACAGUUGUGGCCAGGUGGUUAUUUUUCAGGGAAUGUUGACAGAUGAUAUGGUUACACACAGCACCUUAUACCAGGAAGGGUCUGGAAAGGUAGAGGUGCUGGGUGGUAACCAUACAAGAGAAGCCCUACAAACAUUACACAGGAAAGGAACUCUUGGAUAUACGACCGUUAAGUGUAAUCUAUUCAGACCUCUUCCAAGGAUCUUUGCUCUGAGAAUUGGAUACUCUCAUAAUAUGGUACUCCACGAAAAGGUCAAACCUGUCUCUUUCAUGGACAAGGCUAGAAUG